GAUAUCCCAAAGAAUGCGAACAGGUUUAAAAUAUAUGACAACAAUGAAAUCAAUUGAAUCUGCUUUAAUUCCAAAGAAAAUAAGAUUAGAUUUAAAAGAAGAAAAUUCAGUACAAACUUGCAAUCAUUAUGUCAGCAGGAAAAAAAGGUUUUGCAAAAUGGUUGUAGCGAAAGGAAAAAACUUUUGCGGUGAACAUGAGCCAGUAAAAGGAGAUGGUAAAACUACAAAUGAAGAUUGCAGAGUAGUAUGCCCACUGGAUCCAAAACACACGGUUUACAAAAGAAAUUUGCAAAAACACUUGAAAAUUUGCAAUUCCAGAAUGAAAGAUGACUAUCCCACUUAUAUUCAAUUAGGAGUGAAUAAUGGAUCUUCGGAUACUGAAGAUAGUGAUGUUUUAUUAAAAAAUUUUUCAAAAUCAACAAAACUGUCAGAGAGUUCUGAAGAUGUUUUGUUGCUUAUUAAUAAAAUUGAAGAUAUUUACAAGACGUAUAUUGAUGGUAAAGUAGAGAAGCAAAUUCUUAAGCAUGACAUCUUAUCAGAGGAAUUAAACGAAACUACAUAUGGAAAACAAACCAUCAAGCAUCUUGCUCAAACUGCAUCAUUAUUAGGAUAUUUAGAAGAAUUUGGAUUAAUAAAAAAUGACACAUGUUUCGUUGAAUUUGGUGCAGGAAAAGGGCAAGUUUCAUAUUGGUUAGCGAAACUGCUUGCAAGUAGGGAUAGUUUGAACAAAACUAAUGUAAUUUUAAUAGAUCGCGCUUCUUUACGACAUAAGAAGGAUAAUAAAAUAGAGGAUCGUUCAAAUAUCCAUAGAAUUAGAGCUGAUAUUAGUGAUGUUGUAUUAGAGAAAAUUGAAACUUUGAGGGAUAUGAAACAUAUAGUGGCUAUUGGAAAACAUUUAUGUGGCUCUGCAACGGAUUUGAUGCUAAGAUGUCUCCUGCAUCACAAGACAGAUCAAAACAUAUUUUUCAUCGUGUCAUUGUGCUGUCAUCACAAAUGUACCUGGCAAUCAUUUAUUGGAAAAGAUUUUUUAAAAUUCAAUGGUAUUGGUUACCAACAAUUCAUUUUAAUGACAAAGAUGGUAAGUUGGGCUGUUUGUGGAAACGGUAUGAGUCGGGAGAAAAGGCAACAAUUAGAAGUUACUAAAGAGGACCAGAAUCAAGUAGAAGGAAGCAAUUUAGGUAUUUCAAAAGAUAAGAAAAAAGAAAUUGGGCAAAUGUGUAAAAGAAUACUAGAUUAUGCGCGUUUUUCGUAUUUGCAAGGAAAAAAUUAUGAAUGCAACCUAAAAUUUUAUGUCCCAGAAGAAACAACGCUUGAAAAUGUUUGCCUUAUUGGCACAAAGCAGAUUCAAAAAACUGUAAAGUGACAAUAAUUAUCAAUACUAAAAAAAAUUUUAUUAGAAAAAAAAUUAUAUGUUCGUGUUAUAUUUAAAAUAAAAUGUUCAACUAAACCUAUA